AUGAACGGCGGCGGGCAGAACGGAGGGGGUGAUGGCAAUGCGCCAGCGGGGACAGAAUAUACACUACAGGGCGUUAUGCGCUUCCUCCAACUUGAAUGGCACAACCACGAGCGCGCACGAAAUGCAUGGGACAUUGAGCGGGCAGAGAUGAAGGCCAAAAUUGCAAAACAGGAGGGCGAGGUGCGAAGCGCGAAGAAGCUAAACGACCAACUGAACAAGCACAUUCGCAUGUUGGAGCACGCCCUCACCAACGAGAGAAAGAAGAAGACCGAGGCAGCGGGAGGGGAUGCUCAGGCCAUGACCGACGAUAAGGCCGAUACCAAGGGCAAGAAGAGCAACAUGAACUCCACAAAGCCCCAAAACAAGAAGCACAACUCCUUUCUCGAUGUCGACUCUGACUUCCUCGACCGAUCAGAGGCCGAACGGGACAGUCUACGAGAAAAGUCGAAGCUCUACCUCACCAAAUGCGUCGAGGAGAUCACAUACCUUCUCACACCCCCGCCGCAGGCCCCAUCACAACAGCAGAACUUACAGGCGCUUGCAAACGGGACUGGCUUUCUGAACCACGGCGAACCCUCAAUGGACGACAUCUACCUGCAACAGCAUCGAAGGCCACAACCACACCUCCCCACCAUGCCAGGCACAUCCAUGUCCCACCACCAACCCCCAAACAUGGCCAUGAAUACUGAACUGCAGAGCUUGGCCAACCAACAUCAGAUCCACCAUGCGACACAGAUGAUUCGAGAACCUUCACAGCAACAACCGCUUCCACAAAAUGCUAACAUGGCGCAAGAGCUCCUCGCACAGCAGCGCCAACCUCAACACAAGCAGCAUUAUACUGCAGUGCCCGAAGAGCAGGUCGAGAAGGUGACUCAUGCCUUCGACAAUGAAGGUCGUCAGAUACCGACCCCGGAAGAGGAAAUUGCAGCCUCCAACCAAGUUGCGAACGAAGAGAAAGACACAGAUGAUUGGAUCUUUGACCCGGCAUCCGAGGCAGCCCAGGAAGGCCCACCUCGGCGACCGGACGUCGAAGAAUUUCCUUCCGCAAACAGUAUACCUGCGAAAUCGCCCCCGCGUCCCAUCAAGAGGGCAAGCAAGGAUCAUGUUAGGCGACUGAGUAAUGAUCAGAAAGCUCAACAGGCCGCAGCCCAAUCGGCAGCAAAAGCGGAUCCGCAGAGCUUCAAGGUACGCUUCGCCCUCCGUGGUCAUCUCGAUGUCGUCCGAUCCGUCAUCUUCACAGGGGGCGGUAGCCCCAGCGAGCCAGAAAUUUGCACAGCAGGAGACGAUGGCAUGAUCAAGAGAUGGAUGAUACCUGCAAGUUACGCGAAUCAGCACAGCAUGAACAAUGACUUGGACAUCCAGCCGUUUUGGUCACACAGGGGUCACGAAGGCGCCGUUACGUCGUUAGCGGCAUGCCCCGCUUCCGCUCAUUUUGCAACUGGUGGCAGAGUCUCUGGUGACGGUUGGAUAUUCUCAGGCGGCCAAGAUUCUACAGUCCGUGUUUGGGAACGCGGUCGGGUGGAUCCAAAAGCCAUCCUGGAAGGCCACACAGACGCCGUUUGGACUGUGUGUGUCCUUCCAACCAACUCUGCCCAUGUUUUCGCAGGCGAGUCGGGCAAAUACGGUGGUCCGGACCGAGUCAUUCUUGCUUCCGGGUCUGCAGACGGCACCAUCAAAAUCUGGGCAGUCAGCGCACCGCCUCAACUUGUGUCACCCCAAACUGGAUCGCGACGUGGUGUUGGCGGCAGUCGGAGACACUCUGUCACUUCUGGAUCGAACCACCCGUCCUCGCCGCAGCCUAGCAUCGCUACUACCACACCAUUCCAUUACCAACUCAUUCAUACUAUCGAGCGCGACACCCAUCCUUCGCCAACAUGCAUCAGUCCGCUAUCACCCACUGGCGAAAACUUCGUCGUUUCCUUCACCGACGCGUCGAUACUAGUGUAUGACACACGGACGGGUGAGGAGCUUAUCGGCAUGGCCAGCAAUGAGUCUUACGACGGUACACCAGCCACUGGCAUCACUUCGGUCGUGACGAGCUCUCAGUACCUUGAGAGUUCAGCUCAAGAGGCGGGUCGAGGCGGACCUGAUGAUGAAGCAAUACAUGGUCCGACCGGAUCUAACAAUGGUGGCGGCCUUGAGGGUGUCAUUAUUAGUGGGCACGAAGACCAUCUUAUCAGGUUCUUCGAUGCCAACUCUGGUCAAUGCACAUACAGCAUGCUCGCCCACCCCGCCGCCAUAUCUUCACUAUCUCUGAGCAAGGACGGCCGCGAGGCUGUUUCUGCUGGCCACGAUGCCUCAAUUCGCUUCUGGUCACUUGACAAACGUAUCUGCACGCAAGAAAUCACUGCGCAUCGCAUCAUGCGCGGCGAAGGAGUAUGCAGUGUUGUCUGGAGCCAAGACGGUCGUCUUGUCGUCUCAGCGGGCGGCGACGGCAUAGUUAAGGUCUUUGCAAGAUAG